AUGGACUUGGCAAUGUACACGUAUCCCCUGACUCCUCCUCCACUAAGUCCAGAUGAACGGAUAGCCCAAGCUCUGGCAGCUGAGGGCGACAUAGUCUCCGGGAAGCCAUUAUCGGCUCCAAAUCAAUAUGCUGCUGCAGCUAGAGGCCCCAUGGGACCAUCAAAGCCAUUGCCACCCCGCCCUUCUGGAAUUCCUCGACAGGCCAUUCAGAGAGGAGCUGUGACAAAGUCAAGUGUACCGCCCGGAACUCGGACACCAAUGUGUGAUAGCUGUGGUGAGACAAUCAGAGGUCCAUUUGUGAAUGCCAUUGGAAAGAACUGGCAUCCUGAUCACUUUCAUUGUUCUCAUUGUUCCACCAAUCUGAUGGAGAUGGGUUUCGUGGAAGAAAAUGGACAGCUGUUCUGUGAGAGAGAUUACGCUGCCUACUUCGCUCCCAAUUGUUCUAAAUGCCAACAACCUAUCAUUGGGGAUGUGCUAAAUGCCUUGGAGAAGUCCUGGCAUCCUGAUUGCUUUGUCUGUGCUCAGUGUCAUCGGCCAUUCUCAGCAAUUGGAGCUGGAAGUAGCUUCCAUGUGGAAGAUGGAAUGCCUUAUUGUGAACAAGAUUGGAACCAGAUGUUCACUACUAAAUGCUCUGGAUGUAAC